GUCGAGUUUUCCAUUGAGUCGGGCUCCGAUAUCCACUGUAUCACCGAAGGGGGAGAAGAGGAAGUAGGUGUAAACAUUGGAAGAAAGUCUUUUUUUUUUAAUUAUUACUUCACUCAUUGUAGGGAAGAAGGUGUGAGAAAUUACACGACACUAGAGGCGCUUAAAACCGUUGACUUCUACCUCGCCUUUCUGAUCAACUUCUUUAAUUCAGCUCUGACUGGUCUGACCUCCUCAACUGUGAAGACGUAUGGGAGGGAGUGUGGAUUUGACAACAAUUUCCUCGUAUUAGUUCUUACAUUGAGUUCCGUCUUUAACUGUCUGGGUCGACUUACAUGGGGUGUAAUUGGCAACCGAUACUCUUUUAAGGUGAGCCUUGCAGACCUCAUCUUCACAUCUCAAGGCAGGCCUUUUUACCUUACUGACACAGGAUGCCUUUUUUUACCCCUCGAGGUACCAUUGCUUGUUCUUCAAACGGAAUGGGCCUUUCUAUGGCUUACAUAUGGCUUUGUUACACAAGUUGGGGGCAUCGCAGCUAAAGCCCUCUUUGCAGUGUGGACCUUCUUGCUGUACACCUGUCUGGCCGCCAACUUUGUCCUCAUUCCCAAUCUGGCGACCCGAAUUUUUGGACCCAAAAGCAUGCCAACCAUAUUUGGUUUAUUGUUUACUGCCAUGGUUUGUGGUUUUCAUACUCUCAUCUUGUCUGGAGUGUUUGCACAGUAUGAUAUUCGAGGUCAGUGGAUUCCUAUUUACUGUGCAGGAGCUGGUUUUGCAAUCAUCGGUCUUAUCCUCACUCUCUUUUUACGAGAUCCGGUUGAAUUUGGAUGCAUCGCAUGGUUAAACACUUGUGUCCAAAUUUCUGACUGUUGUCGCACUGAACCCAGGGAGGAAGUGGAAGAGGCGGGAGAGGAGGAGUGGAAGACCACAGACUCAACAAUCAAAACAGAUUUUCGCUGA